AUGACAGGGUCGGCGCCACUACUUUUGACACCGGUUAAUUCUUCUGUUUGUUUUCUAUUAGAUAAUUCAACAAACGUGCAAACAACAUAUUUGUCUGCUUUAACAACGUCUAGUCCGACAUUUAACCAUUCUAAGAGUGCCUCCUCAGCUCGUAAUUGUUACUACAAGGCUGUUCAAGUCAGUGUAUCUAUAUCAGGUGUUUAUAGUAUUUCAUCGAAUAGUACAAUCGAUACGGUGGGAUAUUUAUAUAACAAUACUUUCAAUUAUCAAAAUCCGAAUCAAGACAUACUCAUAUCAGGUGAUGAUGAGGGUGGUAAUCGUCAAUUUAUGCUUGCAAUUAUACUUCAACCUAUGAAAAAUUACACAUUGGUUGUAACAACAUAUCAACAGAAUAUUACAGGAUCCUUCCGAUUAAUUGCAAUCGGCGCAGGAUCGACUGUCUUCGUAGAUUUGUAG